AUGCUUAGUGCUACCAUUUUGAAGCAUCUAGAACUCAACAAACACGUGCAGGCAGCGGAAGUCAUCCAGAGAGAUUUAUACGUCGACAACGUCCUGUCAAGCUUUGAAUCUGAGUCGUCUGCGUGUACCUACUUCAAAGGAGCUAGAUGUCUGAUGAGGAAAGCCGGUAUGAAUCUAAGGUCAUGGACGUCGAACAGUGAAAAAUUGCGAUCCUUGGCGGCAGCCGACGGAGUACUUGACAAUGACGUCAUCAUCAAGGUACUUGGAAUGCAAUGGAACCCAAAUACAGAUGAACUGUCAUUUACCAAUAGAAGUAUCCCAAGCUUAGAUGUAAUAACCAAGAGGACAAUUCUCAAAUUCUCGUCACAGAUAUACGACCCUCUCGGUUUACUUAGCCCAGUUACGGUUCGAGCUAAGAUCUUACUUCAAGAGCUCUGGAAAAGUAAAUACGACUGGGACAUAUUCCUACCGGAAGUUAUAAGAGACAGCUGGAACCAGCUUGCAGAAGACCUGAAUAGAGUCACAGACCUCAAGUUUUCAAGACAGCUAUUACCUACACAGAACCCGAAUAGUACCACAUGCCUUCAUAUAUUUGUUGACGCUAGUAUUAAGCCAUACGGAGCAGUGGCAUAUUUCAGUAACGAGAAACAAACAAGAAGACUUAUGGCUAAGAACAGAGUCGCUCCACUAAAGACUUUGACCUUACCUCAGUUGGAGCUCAUGGCUGCUUUGAUUGGUGCUCGGUUAGCCUCACAUCUACAGAAGAGUUUACAGACACCAAAUGUAACGUUUUGGUCAGAUAGUCAGAUAGUGUUACAUUGGCUGACAACAUCAAAACCUCUCAAACGCUUUGUGAGAAAUCGUGUCGAUGAAAUCAACCAACUUACAGGAAAAUCACUAUGGAGAUAUUGCCCUACGAACGAUAAUCCAGCUGACUUACUUACACGUGGUAUAUCUGCAGACAUUUUCCUCGAUAACCAGUUAUGGAACACCGGUCCGUCAUGGUUGACAAACAGAGUACAGUGGCCUACCUGGGAAUACGAACACGUGACACCGCAGACGACAACUGAAGAAAUUGCUGGUAACUCAGAAGAGAUCAACGUGUCAAGUUUACAGUGCUCAGACACUCUCGGAAUCCAUAAUGGUAAUAGAAACCGGUUACCGCUCGUCAGACAACUGCGUUUAUACCUAGAUACAGACGGACUUAAUCGUUGCGGAGGAAGAAUUCAUAAUGCACCGCUGGAAUACGCAACAAAGUUUCCCUACCUGUUACCAAAGAAACAUAAACUUACCAGAUUAGUCAUCCAAGAUGCACACGGAAAACAACUUCAUUCUGGAGUAAACGCCACCAUUACUCACCUUAGACAAAAGUACUGGAUUCCUGCCAUUCGCCAGUGCGUCCAAUCAGUACUAAGAACGUGUGUAAUUUGUACAAGAGUUAUUGGCAAGCCGUAUCGAGCACCAGACCCACCGCCACUCCCGAAGAUCCGAGUAGAAGAAGCCCCACCGUUCAGUGUUACAGGUGUGGAUUUUACUGGUGUGCUUUACGUCAGGAACGAAACCGGAAGUGAGUCCAAAUGUUACAUCUGCUUAUUCACAUGCGCAAUUACAAGGGCCGUUCAUUUGGAAGUAGUUCCAGAUUUGUCGACGGAUUCAUUCUUACAAGCAUUCAGGAGGUUUAGCAGCAGAAAAUCCUUGCCAAAACUAAUGAUCUCGGACAACGCCACAACUUACCUGUCAGCAGCCAGUCAACUUAAGAAACUUUUCCUGUCAACUUCUCUACAAGAAGCGCUCAGCAUGAAGGGAACAGAGUGGAAGUUUAUACCAAAGCGGGCCCCGUGUUAUGGCGGAUUUUGGGAACGGUUAAUAGGUCUUACCAAGACGACUUUGAAGAAGAUUCUCGGAAGAGCUUUUGUAACGAUGGAAACUUUACGUACCAUUGUGACUGAAAUCGAGGCAAUUUUAAAUGACAGACCUAUCACGUACACUUCCUCAAACAUAGAAGACAUGGAACCAUUAACACCGGCACAUCUUCUUUACGGCCGUAGGAUGACGUCACUUCCGUAUUACGACAUUGAUACGGAAACCGGCAUGGCGUCUGUUCAGAGUGACCAGUCAAUACUUACCCGGAGAGUGAAGAUCCAGGCGAAUAUAAUCAACCAUUUUUGGAAACGCUGGAAGACUGAGUAUUUGACCUCUUUACGAGAAUACCACAAAACUACAGGAUCAAACGAACGAUCUAUACGGGCCUAG